AUGAGAUGCCCGUCCCCGGUUGACGUCGACUUCCUCUUCUGCAACAUGCUGGAGGUCGUGGACAUCUCGCAGAAGCUGCUGAACUUCUUGGAGGCUCAGACCAGCGGAAAAGAAUUCUUCGAGCAGAUCAUCGGGCUAUGCUUCGAGGAGGUGAAGGACGAUCUUAGGAAGGUUUACGCUGUCUACUGCAGGAAUCACGAUGACGUCAUCAGCUACAUGGCCAAGUUAGAGCAGGACAAAGAGGCUCAGCUAUACUUCAACCACCAUCUCCAACAGCUUAGGAAGUCUUUAAAUGUCUUCGACCUUAGCUCGAUAUUGAUCAAACCCGUCCAGAGAAUUAUGAAGUACCCUUUGUUGAUUGGCGAACUUGUUAAGCCCCAUGAUGAAACGUUCCAACAAGAAGAGAGCAAUUUGAAAGGAAUGAUGACGACCAUCAAAAACCUCAUCAAAGAUCUCACCACCUACAUUGAUUACUUGCAGGUGUAUUUCAUGGAUUUGGAAUCCUUCGUAGUUGAGGUUUGUGAUAUGUGCCGAGAUGGUAUUUACGACAAGGAGGUGCCCAUAGUGGGGGAACGUUAUUCAUACAUCAAUGAGACACUUUGCUUCAAUUUUAAAGAUCAAAUAACAACCGACAUCUUGCCAAACUUGAACUCCUUACUGACCAUGUACCAAGGGCCACAGGCACUGAUUCGCAAGAGGCAGCACAAACUGCUAGAUUACGACAACGCUGUUAUCAGGUUGAAAAUGAUUCCAGCUCAUGAGCAAACUAAAUUCCUCCGAGAUGAAGUGGACUUUCUGAGACGUACGUAUGAAGCACUGCACACGCAGCUCCUUGAAGAUCUACCACUACUACAUAGGUACAGUAAGUCGGUUGUUCGGAGUUCGUUGAUGCUGUUUUUUAAUUUUCAGAAGACUUUUCAAAGGAACGUAAGGGAAGAGGUUAAGAAAGUUUUGCAGCAGCCAUCAUUAUCAAGAUCGUCAUCAGCAUCAUUAUCAACACCGACAACGACAGCAACAACGCUGAAGCGUGUGCAAUCAACAACACAAAAAGAACAACUGUACAGCAAAUACCCUCCAGAUAAGUUGUAUGUGGUCUGCGAUGAUUUUGAAGGGUGCCAAACUCUGGACCUUUUGGUAGCUAAAGAUAAUAACUUAAAGAAAGUAAAAAUUAGGAAAAGCAAGUACACGAUGGUUUUGAAAGCUUUCAAAACUCCGUCAGCCAUAACUCUUCUGGCGAUUUUAGUCAAAAUGAUAGAGAGCCAAGGUAGUUUAUCAAACAUAGCCCUUGGAACCUACACGUACAACAGCUCGGCCUUUAAACUCAAUUAUUUCCUUUACUACGACGCUUUUUAUGCUGUCGACGGCCAAAACGGUUUGAGCGGCAGUUCUGUGAUUUGUUUUCUCACCGUCCCCGGGUUCAAAUCCAAUUGGAUCGGCGUGGAUCUAGUGAACUUUUUUAAAAUUAUCUACACGAUUUUGUACGCUGGAGCAGAUCAAAAUGAUUUACCGACAAGGAACGAUUUGGACUUCUUCAUAGUGGGGGUGAGCAACAGGUCUCUGGAUGUUCACCCGCCAGUGGGAGGCACCUACGAUCUCUGUGUUCAAUAUCCAGGUGUGGUAGCUCCGAAGCAGGUGGUUCAGUUGAAUUGUUCCUCUACUACGCCUCCAGCCAGAUACGUCAUACUGCAACAACCUUCCAACUCUACUGGAUACAUGUCCGUCUGCGAAUUCGAAGUCUACGGAACUCCUUACGGAAAAUUCAAAACCAACCUGCUGUUGAAGAGUCCGAGCACGAGCAGUUCAUAUUUGACAGUUACUUGCGGGCCUCUGACAGCUGCAUUGGUGGUGGAUGGAUUCCACGACUCGUACAUUUACCACUGCCACUGUGGACACACAGCAGAUGCAUAUGGAGGACCGAAUUGGUUCAAAUUUGACAUGAAUGCCGGUUACAAUGUAGACUACAUCGUCCUCUCGAACAGACGUUGGGAAGAUCCACCGUCAGAUAUGGACAUACUGGCCCGUCGGCUAAGCAACUUCACCAUCGGGCUGACCAACGCUACAUCAGCACCAGUGAGAAAUAACUACCCGUUGUGUGCUACUUGGCCUGGGUACGUCAAAAUCGGAAGCCAAGCUGAGAUGAAAUGCAACGCCAACCUGCCCAAAUACAGGUACCUGAUCGUCCAGGGAAGUCCAACUGCAGCUGGAUACCUGACCAUUUGCGAAUUGGAAGCCUACGAACCAGCCGACAAAAGUACUGAUUUCAUUUUUUGA